AUGGCUGCGCCGGAUAUGCGCCUCAACCACACCAUAUACAUCAACAACCUGAACGAGAAGAUUAAGAAAGAUGGUUAGAGCUGGCUACCCCUUUUGCCCUCAUGUCUGUAUUUGUUUAUCCAUCAACCAUUCAAAUGGCUCCUUGCCUAAAUAUGUGUUGUUUGUCCCCCAGAACUGAAGAAGUCGUUGUAUGCAAUUUUCUCUCAAUUUGGUCAAAUCCUGGACAUUUUGGUUGCCCGCUCCCUGAAGAUGAGGGGUCAGGCCUUUGUCAUCUUCAAGGAGGUCAACAGCGCCUCCAAUGCCCUGCGUUCCAUGCAGGGGUUUCCAUUCUAUGACAAACCUAUGGUGAGCUACUGCCGAUAACACCUUGGUACACAUCAGCUAGCUUUUGCCUGACACAUGUUUAGCUAGAGGAUUAUGAUUCUCUAAUAUGCAGCCCUGUGUAAAUAGUCCUGUUGUCAUCAACUGUCCCUCUUUCUCGUCGCAGCGUAUUGGGUACGCCAAAGGGGACUCUGACAUCAUCGCUAAAAUGAAGGGCACCUAUGUGGAGCGCGACCGUAAGAAGGAGAAGAGGGCGAAGGUCAAGGGCCCAGAGGCUGCAGGGGCCAAGAAGGGUGUGCCAGGAGCCCCUGUAGUACCUAUGGGCCCUGGAGUUCCAACACCCAUGCCUGUAAGUGUUGUACUGUGAGCCUGAAGAGACAGAGCCACGUUUGUAGCCACUGUUAGCCAUUGCGCUUAACAUGUUUCCUUUAAGACAUGUCUAUCUAAAAUGGCGUGUUAUUCCAUGUGUAUCGCUAAAUGAUAGUGUGGCUGAUUUCAUUGAACAUUCUUUUUGUUUUUCUGAAGGGAAUGCCACCCAUGAGCGGGGCUCCUCGUAUGAUGCCAAUGCCAGGGCAGCCCCCUUACAUGCCCCCGCCAGGCAUGAUGCCACCUCCAGGGAUGGGCCCUGGGGGAAUGCCCCCUGGUGCCAUGCCUCCGGGUGGGAUGAUGCCAGGUCAAAUGCCCCACGCCCAGGUAUGGAUCACGUGUGUUAGUGAGUUUAUCGGUGAUAGUUUGUCUUGUCAGUGCCCUCUUUAUUAACUAAACUUCAGAUCUGUUUAGUGGAACACUGUAAUCAUGAGUUUGCUUGUCAUUCAUUUUACUCUAUAAUCUCACUAAUUUAAAAUAUUGAUAAAUGUAAUCUUCCUUACCUCCAGGUCGCAGAAAACCCUCCCAACCACAUCCUGUUCCUCACCAACCUCCCAGAGGAGACCAAUGAGCUCAUGCUGUCUAUGCUCUUCAACCAGUUAGUACCUCUUCAUUUUAUUCCCCCCUUCUCCUAUACUCCUUGGUGCAGUGUGAAAAUGUAAUGUUUAUUCUUCCAUGUUCCGUAGUAUUGGAAUAUCUGUUCUGUUUUCAGUUUCCAGUAUUGUGGUUAUGUUUAACUACUAGUGUUUGUAUAUGGGGAGAUUUAACAUGUUGACAAGUAUAGACCCUAGAUGUGUGUGUCUUUAACAAGUCUGCUCCGAAGCUCUGUCCUGACGUUGACUGUAUUCCAACUCCAGGUUCCCUGGGUUCAAAGAGGUGCGUCUGGUGCCAGGUCGCCACGACAUCGCCUUUGUGGAGUUUGAUAAUGACGUGCAGGCUGGAGCUGCCAGGGAGGCACUACAGGGCUUCAAGAUCACCCAGACCAACGCCAUGAAGAUCUCCUUCGCCAAGAAAUAA